CCCAAACGUCAAUUUUCAUAUCGCCCAAUGGAUGCGCACAGCAAAUUGAAGCCCACCCUCGAGGACUACAUCCUAGAGAUGGAGACCCGGCCACCCGACAGUGGUCUGGUCGCCGAAAAGGAUGUCUGGGCGCAGCUGCACCAGAAGGAGGCCGAUCUGCUGCUGGCGGCCGAGCUCGGCAAGGCGCUGCUGGAGAAGAACGAGGAGCUGAAGAAGCAGCAGGACAAGCUGAUCGACGACUACUCGGCGAAGGUGGAGAAUUUGGAGCAGGAGAAGUACAUCCUAAAGCGCCAGUUGGAAAUCAGCUCGAGUGAAAAUGAGGCCGUCAUCCUGGAGCUACAGGCGGACAUCAAGCAGUUCCGGCAGAAGCUGGAAGCGCAGGAGCAGAUUAUGCGCCAGAUGGAGCGCGAGAAGAACAUGCUGAUCGAGGAGCUGACGGCGCAAAACACGCGCCUCUCGAACGAGCUGCAAAAGUCCAACGCCACCGAGAUGCAGCUGUCGGCGCAGCUGCAGGAGAUCAAGGAGCAGUGCAAUCGGCGCACGCUCAGCAUACAGGACCACGUCAACAGUCUGGAGAGCCUGAAGAACGAGCUGCGCAUGAUCCUGGACAAGAAGAAUGAGCUCGAGUCGCGCCUGCACAUGACGACGAACGAGCGGGAGAACCUCUCGAUCGCGCUGAACGAGGCGUCCGAGCGGAUACACAUCCUAGAGCGGAGUACCAAGGAGCAGGACACCAAGUACCAGAUGACGGUGCAGACGCUCGAUCGGUUGGAGCGUGAAAAUGGCACGCUCAGCGAGCGGUUGGAGUCGUUUGACUCGCAGCGAUCACUCCACAGCGAGUUGAAUCACCAUUCGUCACUGCUGCAGGAGAUGAACGGCGACGAGGAGGACACUGGGAUGAAGGACGAAGCUACGCAGCUUGUCCUCAAGGAGGCACAGUCGGUGUACAAGCAGCUGAAGACGUUAUGUCAGACGUUGCGCAGUACUCACCAUGACGAUGACUCAGGAUUACACUCGGAUAUGUCCUUUUCGUCGCUCGAUAACACGAUGGCGUCCGUGUCGAUGCCACCGCAACAUUCGGUAACGGAAGCGACCAGUGCCAGCAUGACCGUUAACGACAAGUUCAGUCGUGGCAUGCUAUCGUCGGCAGCGGAUGAGCUCGUGCAUAUCAUUAUGAACCUGGAUGCGAUGCAGUUCAAGACCAUGUUCGAACAGACACGUUCGAUGCUGAUCGAGCAGGAAGAAGAGCUGAAGAAAAAGAAUGACAUCAUAAUGCAGCUGGAGAGCAAGUUAUCGGUCCGAGAUGUUGAGCUACAGAGCACGAUCGAGGAGCGCAAUCAAGCCCGCGAGGAUGCGUCCCACUCGAGCCUGGCGCAGGACGAAACGGUUGUGCAGGCCCGAAAGGAUCGUGACGCUGCCAUCGAGCGGCGUACCAAGGCUGAGAUCGAGCUUGCCAAGAACCGGGUAGAGCUAAUGCAGGCCAACAGCCAACUGCUGGAGGCAAUCCAGCAGAAGGUGGAGCUGCUGCAGCAGCUCGAACAGUGGCAGAUUGACAUGCACGAACUGAUCGAGGAGCAGAUGAAGAACAAGCUUAUCGAGUCUAGUACAAAACCGCAGCAGCAGCAGCAGGCCCAGCAGUCAUCCGGCGGCUCGGCUACCGGCGGGCGCAAGAGCCGGCUCCUUGAUCUGUUCUACCAUCGAUGAACGACUGGCUCGGUAUGAACAUCGGUGCGGAACAAACGCGGCAGGACGCAUUGGUUGGUUCCCGUUUAGGUCGGAGUCGAAUUGCGGAUGUAGCAUCCAACCGAAUUUGAUCGUUCACUGAUGCAUUUAACUUAUGAUGACACACAUGAAUACCUUUGGAUGUGCACGGGAAAUGGAUGUUGCGAAAGCCUUUUGACACCAUCACCGCAAACCAGCCAACCUCCAGAAUCGCAGCUGCAAGUGAUCCUGCCUUAAAACAAACAUGCCUCGCCGUCAUCGCUUGACCGUUGAAUGGUUUUGCUGUCGGCGUUGCGUUGUGCACUUUGUAUCUUCGCCAGCAAAUCAUUCGUUGCGUACUGCUACACUGGACCGUAGCUACUCGUUCGUUAUCGUUAUCGGACACAGCCACGUUUAGCAGCGUCCUAGCAGCAGCGUUUGGUGCUGAGUCAAACGUUUAGUUUAAACCUAUCGGCAAGACGAUGGAUUAGAGUAUUGUUAAUUUUAUUCCCUACUACAGACAAAGCGAUAUUCUUAAUUUACUUCUAUUAACCCGUACAGUGUCUCUAACCAAAACUUAUCGUUAACGUCGUAUUGCGAAGCUGCAAAGCCGUGCCGACCGAGGCUGAGGAAGCGUUCGGCGUGCGUGCAUGGUUGUUUUUCUUGCGCGUUGUAAAGCAAACACAGCUGCGUAAAUGUGAUAGAGAAUGGGAAAUGAAACCUUGUUCGGCGCGUGAAGCAAGAGUGAUGCGGAAAGAAAACUAUAGAACAUUAUAACGGUGGCCUUUUUCAUUCGAACGCAAGUGAUAUACAAGGAGCUGCUUUAUACGCGAUACCAGCGCGAGUAACUAAAGAAUUAAAGAAUAUGUGAGCGAACGAUGCCGAAAAAAGCCUGUUUCUAACGUACUAAUACAACAGAGGGACAUGAUCGUGGAUACCUGUAGUGUGAAUGCAAUAUGCCUAAAACACAUUUUCUACGAUCGAUAGCUGCCGGAACCAAAAACCGUUAAGAAGUGCAGCGUCAACUUGCAGCAGGACAAUGAGUAAUAUUUUGUAUAUAUUCGUAU